CCCCACGGCCCGGCCAAGUGAUGUCACCCCCUCCCCCUGGCCCAGGCACAGGACGGUCUGGGAACCGCUCCAUCCCCACCCCUCAGGCAUAAAUAGGGCCUCCGCGGCCUGGCGGGGGAAGAGGCCGCCCUUGUCCCGGGGAGGAGAGCAGAAGGGUACCCAGAAGCGAGCGCCCCGUCCGCGAUGGCUCCCGCUGGCCUGAGCCUGGGGGCCGCCGUCCUUUGCCUCAUGGCCUGGGCUGGCCUGGCCGCCGGGGACCGGGUGUACAUACACCCCUUCCACCUCCUCGUCUACAGCAAGAGCAGCUGUGACCAGCUGAAGAGACCGAGUGUGGAGGCCCCCGCAGACCCAACCUUCACGCCCGCCCCGAUUCAGGCCAAGACGUCCCCCGUGGACGGGGAGGCUCUCCGGGAACAGCUGGUACGAGCCACCGAGCAGCUGGAGGCCGAAGACCGGCUGAGGGCCGCCAAGGUGGGGAUGCUGCUGAACUUCAUGGGCUUCCACAUGUACAAGAUGCUGAGCGAGGCGCGGAGCGCGGCCAGCGAGGCGGUGCUCUCCCCGGUGACUCUCUUUGGCACCCUGACCUCUUUCUAUCUGGGAGCCUUGGACCCCACGGCCAGCCAGCUACAGGCGUUCCUGGGCGUCCCUGGGGACGAUCAGAGCUGCACCUCCCGGCUGGACGGUCACAAGGUCCUGUCCGCCCUGCAGACCAUCCAGGGCCUUCUGGUCGCCCAGGGCGGGGCCAGCAGCCGGGCCAGGCUGCUCCUGUCCACGGUGGUUGGCCUGUUCACGGCCCCUGGGCUGCGCCUGAAGCAGCCCUUUGUGCAAGGCCUGGCUCCCUUUGCCCAGGUCACCCUCCCACGCUCACUAGAUUUGUCCACGGACCCAGAUCUCGCCGCUGAGAAGAUCAACAGGUUCAUGCAUGCGGUGACGGGGUGGAAGGUGGGCAAGCCCCUGACUGGGGUCAGCCCCGACAGCACCCUGCUCUUCAAUGCCUACGUCCACUUCCAAGGUAAGGCCAGCCCCUGGGCGGUGCAGAAGGCGUUGUUCCUGUCUCUACGGACGUCUCAACAGAGCUGGAUGAAGAACCUCUCUCCCCGGGCCAUCCGCCUGACCAUGCCUCAGCUGACACUUCAGGGGUCCUACGACCUGCAGGACCUGCUCGCCCAGACCAAGCUGCCCACCCUGCUGGGUGCCGAGGCGAACCUGGGCCAAAUCAGCGAUGCCAACCCCAGAGUCGGCAAGGUGCUGAACAGCGUUCUUUUUGAACUAAAAGCCGAUGAGGGAGAGCUGCCCACGGAGUCCGCCCUGCCGCUGGCUGGGCCCGAGGUCUUGGAGGUGACCCUGAACAGCCCGUUCCUGUUGGCCGUCUUGGAGCGCGAGUCGGCCGCCCUGCACUUCCUGGGCCGUGUGGCCAACCCGCUAAGCACCGCGUGAGGCCUGCCGCCAGGGCCACCAGGGUCACCACCCCAGCUCCGUCCCCUUCCACUGAGUCUGCCUGGAGCCGGAGAACAGAGAUCCUCUCUGGGACCCAGUGCUGUUACAAUGAGGAGCGGCCUCAGUCCUCAGGCUUCUGGGGGAAGGAUGUUUAGCUGCUCCCGAGAGAGCUUGAACACACCUGUUCGUUUGUGAAACCCCCAAUGGUUUCCGUUCUCAUGGACAAAUUGGGUUUUAAAAUGAAAACAUCCAUUUUUUAUUGCCCCAGGUUCACCUUUAGCUCACUGAGUGUGACAGGUGACCUGCAGGGGGUCCCACAAUGCUGUCCUUUCUCUCGGUUGCUCAGUGUUUCUUUCCCCUGAGACUUGUGGUUUUUGAAAAACACAUAACGAAAGUGUCUGAAUGUGCAUUAGAUGUAAUCCCACUGCUGAUUAUCCCUGUGUUAUUAAUAAAUGUCUUGCAACCAUUAGCAAAAAAGAAAA